AUGCGAGGAGUAAUAUUUUUGUUGGCUGUCGUUUUAGAAGCAAGUGUUGUCACAACUCAUGCAAGUAAGUUAAGCAUCAAAUCAUCCAAUUAUUUAUGUAAUUAUCCAAUUAAUUUUUUCAUUAUUUUUUUAAUAGAAAAUGUCGUCUGUUACGUUGCCGAUUGGACAAUUGGUCGCCCAGGUCGUGCAAGAUUUGACAUUGACAACGUUGAUGCAAAUCUUUGCACCCACGUGAUAUAUUCUUUUGUUGGUCUUACUGAUAAUAAUGACAUAAAAUUACCAGAGAGAGGAACAGAUGGUAUCAAUAAACUCCGAGCUCUAAAAAACAUAAAUCGAAAUCUCAAGACAAUGGUGGCAGUUGGAGGAGGUGCGGAAGGAUCAAAAAGAUUUUCAAGACUUGUUUCAUCACCGAAUUCUCGAGGACAGUUUAUCCAAAAUUCGAUUAGAUUUAUGAAAAACCACAACCUUGAUGGUCUUGAUCUUGAUUGGGAAUAUCCUGCUCAAGGUAACGGUGCAAGUCCCCAAGAUGUUCCAAAUUAUACUGCUUUUGUAAGAGAAUUCAAAAAUAGUUUUGGCAAUCGAUAUCUCUUGACGGCUGCUGUUCCAUCAUCCGAAUGGACUGCCAGGCCUUCGUACGAUAUCAGAGGAGUUUGCAACAAUCUAGAUUUUGUUAAUUUAAUGGCUUAUGAUCUUCAUAAUGCAGAGGAUCCUGUAACUGGCAUGCAAGCUGGUCUAUAUGGACCUGGAGCAAAUGACAAGGACACUGUUGUAAGUCAUCUAAGUGCUGGUGUGUCAUACUGGAUUAAUAAUGGUUGCCCAGCUAGAAAAUUGAAUCUUGGUGUACCAUUCUAUGCUAAAACUUGGACGCUUGCUAAUCCAAACUCAAAUGGUGUUGGUGCACGUGCAUCUGGACCAGGUUCACCAGGGCCAUUAUCAGGGUCAGCUGGGUCAUUGGCCUACUUUGAAACUUGUGCAAAAAUUGGUGCUGGUGGCUGGACUGUGAAGUAUAAUAACGUGAGGAAAACUCCUUAUGCAUACCGAGGAAACCAAUGGAUUGGCUUUGAAAAUGUCAAGUCACUGAAAGAAAAGGUUCAAUACGCCAAACAACGUCAACUCGCUGGCAUGAUGGCUUGGGCAAUAAAUGAUGACGACUUUCGUGGGUCCUGUGGACAAAAGUUUCCACUUUUGCGCGCACUGAAUACAAUAAAUAAUUAAAUAAUAAAUUGAUCAUUUUGUUAUAAACUCUGUACGAUCAAUAAAAAACAAUAAAAACAAA